GAACUUAUGUUCAUCUUUGUGCUAUCUGGGUCUAAGCUCUUCUCCCGGCCGAAGUUGGCCGAAGCGCUGGGCGCACACGUAGUACACGGCUGCUCGCUUGUGUGCGUUAUCCCCUCUCCGACCACAGCGUGCUGCAAAAGUAGCGGAGUUUGCAUCACUGAUUACAAUUGAAUAACGAAUGGGAACAGGAGACCAUUGCUUUGGCUAUCAAAAAUUCACGCGAAUCUUAAGUUUGGAUAAAAAUUUCUAAAGUCAACGACUCUCAAUCCGCCUCUAGUAAUUCGAACGACGUACUUUUAUUGAAGCUUCGACGUUACACAUAAAAAUACCUCUAUUAAUAGAUCUAAAACACAUCGUUCUUGCGGAAGACAGUCCACGACAUAGAGCGACAUGAAUAGUGACACUCGCUCAGUGGAUGCGUCUAAAUACGAAAAAUUGGUAACCAAUGCUCGCAAAAUAUGUGACAGUCAGAAUCAACCUAUUCAACAAAAACACAAAACGGACUCUUAUAGUUUAACAUCGACAUCCCACACUUUGCCUUCAUCUACAAAACGCAUCGAUGCAGACAAAUACCAAACCCACAAAUUAGUGGACAGCAAGCAAGUUUCGGGGCCGUUUCGUCAAUUCGACAAGAAGACAUUUCUUCUCGAUACCUACGCUCGUAUCGUUGCCAACAAUAACAGACGUUGUCCUAAGUGAUUACGCGAACUUGCUAAACCAAAGAGACAAGCACGCAGUGAUCAGAAUGAUUAUGCUGCGAAUUUUGAUCUAAACUACGGCCAUCCAACUAAAACUUACCGUACGGGGGACAAAUGCAAUUUAAAAGAGUUGAAGAAGAAAUAGCCCGUAAUGGCUCGUCGUAAUAAAAUACUUUAAAUGCACUUUCUCAUGUGACAAUUAAUGCGUGACAACUGCAGAACGAUGUCUAAAAGCACAUUCAACAAAUUGGAACAUUGUUUAGCUCAUCAUUUUUGAAUCUGCAUUUCACUCAAUCAAUCAAUCAAUCUUUAUUACACUUCAGCCUGCAUUUUACUCUAGAAAAUAAAAUACAAUCUUUCUCCUCUUGCAAAAAGAAACGAUAUAUGAAAAGCUAAUGCAAUAAAGUAAUUGGAUUUUACGUCUCUUUCCUGUAGUAAGAUUUAAUCUUUCCUGCGAGACUCAUUAUAUAAUCCUCACGUUGAGGAAAAUAUGACCUACAUCAAUUAUCAGCUAUAUCGUUUAAAAAAAAAUGUACCGGAGAGGAAAAACAAAUCGCGACCCUGUUGGAGAUCGUUUCUGCGGUUUUAUCUGCGCCUCUCGUCGAAUAGUUCGCAUUAAUUCUUGUUUCGUAUUGGCUCAAAAUCCCGUGCGCAUGCACAUUUCAAUUACAAAACCGUACGUGACCUCACGUACGCCUAGCUAUUUGUGAGAAAC